CUGUCUAGAAUGCCAAUGUAGUGCAAACUCCAAUGACCAUAAUCCUUUGCUGCGGACUCCCCUCCCCUGGGUAUGUGUCUGGGAGGAGUUGAGGGUGGUAGCUGUGUGUACACUUUGCUUUUCGGUGUGUUCCAGCGCUGGAGUGUCUGGGUGUUUGAAAUAUCCCGGCUGUGCACAAGGAAUCUCCCCUUCCAGCAGUGAUCUCACCAGUGGCACAGACAGAGCUGUGCUGGAGUAGCUGGCUGCAUCCUUGGACAGCUGAUAAUCAGGACCCCUGUCACACCUGCUGCAGAGGGAGCACAGGAUCUCCUGUCCUUGCUGGGUUGGCACAGAGGGGGGAGAGAAUGGUCAUUAGGGUCUUUUUAGCAUCCUCAUCCUGCUCUGUCUCGAUAAAGAAAAGUCAGCAAGAUGUGCUGCAGUUUUUGGAAGCCAACAAGAUAGAGUUUGAAGAAGUGGAUAUUACUAUGUUAGAGGAACAGAGACAGUGGAUGUACAAAAACAUUCCAAAGGACAAGUUGCCCACUCAAGGCAAUCCUCUGCCUCCACAGAUCUUUAAUGAUGACAUCUAUUGUGGGGACUAUGACAGCUUUUUUGAAUCCAAGGAAAGCAAUACAGUUUUCUCAUUCUUAAAGUUGAAAACAAGGCAAACAACAAAGGAGGCCGAACAAUAGAACAUUUCCAUAUGGCUGGCCAGAAUUAAGCACAGGACAUUGUUUUUAGUACAACCAACCAUGUUAUAUCCCCAAUCAAUAUUCUCAUUGUCACUGACCUCUUCUCUGAGACUUCAUGGAUUGUGCCACCAAUGGAUGUAUUUUUUUUUUUUAAUUCUAUUAUUUUGUGCAUCAGAUGUCAAUAGAGAAUCUCACACACGUCAGUCGGAGACGCUGCAAAUGGCUUUAUCCUUGGUUGCUUCUUUGUAAAACAUUUAUCUCUGUAAAGUCAGUGGAGUACAGUAUGCUCCUGUUCCUUUGACAUUUGUCUUCUUCCCUCUAAGGACUUUUAUUGUGCUUGGGUCUACUUUAAGUAGCCUGAUUCCUGAAAUUAUUUUGAUAACCAUCAAUUAAGUAAGCUUAUGUUACAGAGAGAAUGCGAUCCUGUCUGCAUUGUACAACUAUGCAGUAAUAGAGAAUAAAUACAUCAUAAAAUAUAAUAAAAAAAACAUGAUUAUGAAUGUA